AUGCCCGUCGAGCGCAGACAUGCCAUCGCCGCGGCCAUUGUCGCCUUCAUCAGCUGGGCCUACCUCACCGACUGGCUGCCGCAACUGCGAUUUGUGCCGCACGCCUUCGUCGGCGGUGUCCUCGCCGCUGCGUUGGGGGCGGUAUAUGUCGUCGCGACGACGGUUCAGCCGCGUGCUCGCUGGGCGGGCGCGCCCCGCCGCGGACUCCCGACGACGCUCGCCUUCGCCCAGCCGGCAGUGUGGGCAGAGGAGAAGACGGCCUUGAAGGGCCGCGAAGAGUAUCGCCGGCCCAUCAUCUUUCCUGAGGCAGAGAAGUUCUCCAAGCACAUCGACGGGCUGCUCGACCUGGUGCUGCGCGACUUCGUGACGAGCUGGUAUGGCCACAUCAGCCAGCGGCCGCUGUUCCAGAAUGAAAUUGAUCGCUGCAUCCGCUCGGUGCUCCUCUCCGUCGCAGCCAGGCUGACCGAUCUGGACCUGGUGGAGUUUGCCAUUGCCAGCAUGCUGCCCGUCGUGACGAACCACAUGCGGGACUUCUACGAUGCGGAGCGAGCGGUUCGAGGAAAGGCUCUGGAAAACCAUGUCACGGAAAGCGAGGAACUGAACAUGGCCAUUGCUGGCAAGUACAAGGCCGGCAAAUUGCAUCCCGUGGCAGCUCUCGCGCAUGCAGACGGUACGCUCGCGGCUCAAACGCACAUGCGAAGACUCCUCGAGAAGAUCCUUCCCAGCGUGCUUCCCACGAACAUGAAGUCCAGCGCAGCUGUCAUGGCGCUGAUUCGGGAGAUCGUGGCUUGCGCUGUGCUCGGGCCAAUCAUCAGUAUGCUUGCUGAUCCGGACUUCUGGAACCAGCAAAUUGUAAGUGUAGGCGGUGCCAUGUUACAGGACCGCAAAUCCGUUCGCAAAGUUCGCGCUGCGCUGGACCAGCACGCGCCUGCGUCUCCCGGUAAGACAAGUCGAGGCAGUCAAUUUCCGCGGCUGAGACCAUACGACAGCGAGCGUCAGUUUGAGCGAUUCAUCAGGUCUAUCAGACAUGUUAGCACACUCAACGACGCUCGUUUGUUCCGAAGCCAAGUGAGCCUGCAAUUACGAAGGGAUGCACAGAUUGAAGGUCAGGAUAUUGCUUACAUUCGGCGACUGGAAACGGGGAGACGACUGCUCGACCAAAAAAUCGCAUCACUAUCGGCCACAGAUGAUGGAAACGCGGCGCAAAGCGUGCCCACGACAACUCGAAACACAGAAACGGUGUCACGCAAACGCUUUGCUUCCCUACGAGAAGUCAUAUACGACGCUGCUGGCCUGAGCUAUUUCAUGGAGUACAUGGAUCGGCAGCACCUCAUGAGGCUCGUACAGUUCUACCUGGUGGUAGACAGCUUUCGAAAUCCGCUCGAAGGCGAUAACGAUGAGGCUCCAGCAUCCUUGGCGGCAGACCCUGAGAAAAUGGACAUUGCGCAGAUGUAUACAGAGUAUCUGUCCAAGCCAGAAUUAGAAACGCCUGCCGAAACCAUGCAGGUAGUGAAGCAGUGCUUGAAAGCUGGGUCAAAAGCAAGUGUGCGUGACUACAUCGCGGCCCGACGAGAAGUGUUGCGGAUGCAGAGCAAAGUGUACAGCACCAUGAAAGAGAAACAUUAUGAGGCAUUUAAACGGACUGAUUUGUACUACAAAUGGCUCGCCAUUGACGAUGCACCCAAGUUUGGCCCAGCUCUCAGCGGCGAAAGUGACCUGUUGUCAUCGCAGCCAACAGGUACCCCUCUCUUUGACGAUGGUCAACCCUCCCACAUCCGACGGCCGCAGCUUGUGCUGCCGCCAAAGGAGCCCGAACUGCGGCGUGCAGUCCUGUCUACAUCUGAUCUCAAAACGGUCGGGCGCAGCAGCUCCAUGUUCUCGGACAUUUCUCGUCGUUCCCUGGAUGACGCGAAUGAAAACGGCAGAAGAGCCCUGUUCGGAGGAGAAGGCACCAGCACGCUGUUUGGCGACAGCAUCGAUAACGAGAAGAUGACGCAAUCUGUUACCAGCUUGAAAGGCUACGACUCGGACGAGGAGACCGCCAGGCAUGCCCAGGAAGAGGCCAAAGCUGUGAGGGAGAUGCAAGCCGCACUCGAUAAUAUUGUCAGCGACGACCACGACCAAGCUAGUUUGUUCGCAGAUGCCGCUGGGAGACGAUCGCUCGAUGAGGAAGAUGGACGGAGCUCGAUCGAUAUGCCUAAUAGACCGGGCCUGCCUACAUCUGCUUCACAGACCCUGGAUCGCGGAAAGCCGAGCCUGUCUUCCUUGGGACUGGUUGGCGGUCCAUCGAGCCGCGGUGUCUUUGUCGACGACUUAUUCGGUCAUGAACAGGAGAAAUUUGCCGAGGACGAGCGCGAAGAUUCGAAUGGACCAAGCGAUAUUGACGAAGACAAGAUUGAGGAAGCUGCAGCGGGCGAUCUUGGACUUGCAGAGGCCAUCGAUGUCCUGAAUGCAGACAUCGAGCGGCUCAGUGCCCAGAGGAACGUCCUGGAUUCGUUAUCUGCGAAAGCAGAGCUGACAAACAAUCAAGCCGAGCUUCGCAUCUUACGGAAGUCCGAGCAAAGUCUACAACGAGAGAUUAGGCGCAAAGAAAUGCAAAAGCAGCAGUAUAUCGUGCAAGAGAGCGACAACGGGCUGUACGGGCGCGCGCUGGUGUCCAUCAAGUCUGUCAUGGUGGGCAAGGAAGAUGAUGGACAUGAAUAUGCCUUGUACGUGAUUGAGAUUCGAAGACAGGCUGGCGAACAAAUGCCAGCGGCAACAUGGGCAGUCACCAGGAGGUACAGCCAGUUCCACGAGUUGCACAAACGGCUCAAGGCACGAUUUCCGGCCGUGAGAGAGCUCGAGUUUCCACGUCGACAGACGCUGUUCACGCUCCAGAAAGACUUUCUGCAGAAACGGCGCGCGACUCUGGAGAAGUACCUCCGCUCUCUGCUUCUCGCCCCUGCCAUCUGUCGCAGUCGCGAGCUUCGUGCAUUCCUCUCUCAGUCCGCAAUCGCGACGAAUGGCGGCAACGGCACGCAAGCUGAUGCGAAGGAUUUCGUGACUCGUAUUUACAAUUCGGUUUCAGACGGCAUGGAAGAAUUCCUCGGCAACAUUCCCGUGCUGGAUCAAUUGUCGGUCGCAGGCCAAAAUCUGAUAUCUGCCGCGACCUCUCAGAUUAAUGGAGCCUCACCUGUAGAUGGCAUCGAUCCCGCCGUGCAAGAUCCCGCAACCUCGACGGAGGCGGAAGCGGAAUUGAACGCAUACGAGACCAAGGAAGUAGAGCCGUUUGUGAAGCCCAUUUGCGAUCUCUUUCUGGAGACGUUCGAGUUGUCCAAGGGGAACAGCUGGCUUCGUGGUCGCACGGUAGUGGUGGUGCUCCAUCAGCUGCUCGGCGGCACCAUCGAACGCAAGGUCAAGGAGGCCGCGGCCAGUGCACUAGAGGACGAGAAGCUAGCGAGCUACGUUGACACCCUCAAGCGUACAGUGUGGCCCGAUGGCAAGAUGCGGCCGCCAAGUGUACCUCGUACCGUCGCCGAAAAGGCGCGCACGAGAAAGGAAGCCGGGAUAUUGCUCGGCGCGCUGGUGCCCGAUCUCGCAGGCAGUGUAGUGGGCAAAACUAACGCGCAAGCUGCCAGUCGAAAAGUGGUUGCUAUGCUAAACAACCCCAGGCUAAAUCUUCACAUGGUCUUCACCCUCAUAGAUGAGGUUGUAGGUAAAAUAUUUCCGGAAGCAUUAGAUCAGUAA